CAAAAUACCAUCUUUUAAUGAGAUUUAGUUAUCUUUUUGGUUCAAGGCAAACUGAAAUGGUCGAUUUUUUUGUUGGGUAUCUGGAAAUGGUUGGAAUAAGGUUUGUUACUGUUAUGCAUGAUGCGUGAUUGAGAUUUAGUGGGUCCCUGGUCCUAUUGGUGCCGCCCCCUUCAAUCAUGCUUUGUUAGGCUCUCAUGGAAGUGAAAAGUGGACUGAAAGUUAAAUGUCGACACGUCUCCUUUCCUUCCAUUUGGUGUCUCUCCUGUCUCAAAUUUGGGUGGAAUGGAAAUGCCAUGCCUACCUCCUGAGGAAAUGGAUACGACUAGAUCAACGCAAUCUGAGGAAUCAGCUUUGGACCGAGAACACAGUUUCUUCAGCCACCACCGCACACACUCUUCCUCUCCUCCUCUUCAGCCUUUCACAUCGGGUGGCCAAUACACUGAGGGCAAUGCAGCUUACUUCUCAUGGCCAAUGUCUUGGCGCCUAAAUGGGGCGGCUGAAGAAAGGGCUAACUAUUUUGCUAACCUUCACAAGGGGGUCAUUCCCCAAAGUAUUGAUCGCUUGCCAAAUGGCCAACAAGCCAUGACAUUGCUCGAGUUAAUGACAAUACGGGCAUUCCAUAGCAAGUUCUUGCGUCGAUGCAGCCUUGGAACUGCAGUGGGGUUUCGAAUAAAAGGUGGAGUUUUGACAGAUAUACCUGCCAUUCUUGUGUUUGUUGCUCGGAAGGUGCAUAAACAAUGGUUGGACAGAAGCCAAUGCUUACCCUCUGUUCUUGAGGGGCCUGGAGGUGUGUGGUGUGACGUGGAUGUUGUGGAGUUCUCAUACUUUGGAGAACAAACAACUGCCCCUAAAGAGCAAUUAUACUCUGAGCUUGUCGAUGGCCUACGAGGAAGUGACCCUUGUAUAGGUUCGGGCUCUCAGGUUGCAGGUCAAGAAACUUUUGGAACUCUGGGUGCUAUUGUCAAGAGCCGAACUGGGUCCCGCCAGGUUGGGUUCCUCACAAAUCGUCAUGUUGCCGUUGAUCUUGAUUUCCCAAACCAGAAAAUGUUUCAUCCUUUGCCCCUCAACUUAGGACCUGGAGUUUACUUGGGUGCUGUGGAAAGGGCGACAUCUUUCAUAACAGAUGAUGUUUGGUAUGGGAUUUUUGCAGCUACAAAUCCAGAGACUUUUGUUAGGGCAGAUGGGGCAUUCAUUCCCUUUGCUGAAGACUUUGACAUGUCAAAGGUCACCACAUUGGUGAAAGGAGUUGGAAGAAUUGGAAAUGUCAUAACCCUAGACCUCCAGUCUCCCAUUGGCACCCUGAUUGGCAAGAGGGUGUUGAAGGUUGGUAGAAGCUCUGGUUUAACAACAGGGAACAUAAUGGCAUAUGCUCUUGAAUAUAAUGAUGAGAAGGGGAUUUGUUUUCUCACCGAUUUCCUAGUUGUGGGUGACACUGCACUAGGGUUUGACUUAGAAGGAGAUAGUGGGAGCUUGAUACUCUUGGCAGGCGAGAAUGAAGACCAAAAGCCAAGGCCUAUUGGAAUUAUAUGGGGAGGGACUGCAAAUAGAGGAAGGUUGAAGCUUAGAAAGGGAUCAGGUCCGGAGAAUUGGACAAGUGGGGUUGAUCUUGGGCGGCUUCUAGACCUUCUUGAACUUGACGUCAUUAUCACUGGUCAAGGACUACAAGAUGCCAUCGAAGAGCAAAGGCGCAUGUCAACCGCAGAUCCAACAGCAGGUGAGGCAGAGUCCACACCGCAACCGCGCACCAUGUCUACUGUCCAAGAGAAUGUAGAGCAAAUCAACAUGGAAGGAAACACGAGCUCUCACAUGCAAAACACACAGGAGCAAUCUACUGAUGUUGAGCAUCAAUUAAUCAAGAACUUUGGCACCUUGUCGCCUCGAAGGCUACCUGAAAAUUGUGAGGGAGAAGAGGUCUUUACAGGCCUGAGAUUGGGUGGUCGAGAGCCGAAAAGAUUACGCUCUGAUCAGUGAUGCCACAUGAGAGAUCAAAUGAACCUCUCGUCAAUGGCCAUCAUGGAUUGUAUGUAUGUAAAAGAUACGUGUCCUUUCUCAGUUUUGGUUGAUAUUUAUGGUGUAGUAUGGUUCUUUUCGAAACAUGAGGUGGCUUCCUUAUCUAUCUUUCAUGUAUUCGGAUACAAUUAAGGGCAGGGAUAUAUAGCAUUCAACUAGAUUGGGAUCUUUAUCUCUAGAAAAAGGUUUUAAUGUAGCAUAUCCCAUCGAGAGUGCCUAUCAAAGUGCGAGUUUAAGGUGACCUACGUCUGUAUUCAUUUACAAUCCUCUCU